AUGUCUCCAGAUGCAAUUCGAGUUGUAGUUUGUGGAGAUGAUGCAGUUGGGAAAUCAUCAUUGAUUACCUCAUUGAUUAAAGAAACCAUAAUUGAACCACAAACAAAUAAUGUUUUACCACCAAUAACAAUAUCUCGAAAUGAUUAUAUUGAAAGCAGUCAAAGUCAAGAAUAUCUUAAUGAUCAAGAACAUCACCAACAUCAACUGCCUAUUUCAACAACUAGAACCAAACGGAAAAACAACCACAACCAUAAACGUGAACGUGAACGGGAACGGGAAUCUUCAAUUAACAAUGUACAACCUAAUGAAAUCCUGGAAUAUAUCCCCAAUAUAACAACAAUCAUUGAUACAACAUCAUCAGAUAUGACUAAUUUACAAAAAGAAUUAAAACGAGCUGAUGUUAUUUGGUUGGUUUAUUCUGAUCAUUAUACUUAUGAACGGAUUUCAUUACAUUGGAUGCCAUUAUUUCGAUCUAUGGGAGUUAAUUUACCAAUUAUAUUAUGUGCUAAUAAAUCAGAUUUAUUUUCUAAAUCAAGUUUAAAAUCAACUAAUUCUGAUGAAUUUGUUCCACUUAUUAAUGAAUUUAAAGAAAUUGAAGCUGGAGUUCGAUGUAGUGCUAAAAAUAAUUAUAAUGUUGUUGAAGCAUUUUAUUUAUGUCAACGAGCGGUGACUCAUCCUAUUUCACCAAUUUUUGAUGCUAAAGAAGGAAAUUUGAAACCUGGAGCAAUUAAACCUUUGAAGAGAAUUUUUUGUUUAAGUGAUACUGAUCAAGAUGGAUAUUUAAAUUUUGAAGAAUUAUCCGAAUUACAUAAGAAAUGCUUUGGUAUAGAAGCUAGUGAAUCGGAUUAUGAAGAAAUUGUCAAUAUGAUUGAUCAAAAAAUUUUACCAACUUAUAAUGCUACAACAAUGGAAACAGAAACAGUACCACAACAUUCACAACCAACAACUGUUAGUAAUGGUUCUGAUGGUACAACUACAAGCAAAGGUAUAUCAGAAGAUGGAUUUAUUUUAUUGAAUAAAAUCUAUGCUGAAUCAGGAAGACAUGAAACUGUAUGGUGUAUAUUACGAGCUUAUCAUUAUACCAAUUCAUUAUCAUUAAGUGAUAAAUUCUUAUAUCCUCGAUUAGAUGUUAAUCCUCAUUCUAGUGUUGAAUUAAGUCCUACCGGAUAUAAAUUUUUCGUUGAUUUAUUUAUUAAAUUUGAUAAAGACAAUGAUGGUGGAUUAAAUGAAGAUGAAUUAAAUAAUUUAUUCCGAUCGACUCCAGGGAUUCCUAACUUAUGGGUUGAAUCGAAUUUCCCUUCAUCUAUUGUUUGUAAUGAAGAAGGAUAUAUUACAUUACAAGGAUGGUUGGCACAAUGGAAUUUAACUACUUUUUUAAGUUAUAAAACCACCUUAGAAUAUUUGGCCUAUUUAGGAUUUGAUGAAGGGAAUUCAACCAAGGCUCUUAAAGUGACUAAGCCAAGGAAAAUUAGACAGAAAAAUGGUAAAACUUAUCGGAAUGCGGUUAAUGAUAGAAAUGUAUUCAAUUGUUUUAUAGUGGGUGCGCCGAAAGCUGGGAAAAGUUCAUUAUUGGAACUGUUUUUACAUGGUAAUUAUAGUGAUAUUUAUUCCCCAACGAUUAAACCAAGAUUAGUAGUUAAAGAUAUAGAAUUACGUGGGGGGAAACAAUGUUAUUUGAUUUUGGAAGAAUUAGGGGAAUUAGAACCAGCAAUAUUGGAAAAUAAAUCUCGAUUGGAUCAAUGUGAUGUGAUUUGUUAUGCUUACGACUCUUCUGAUCCAGAAAGUUUCCAAUAUCUUGUUGAAUUACGAGAAAAACAUGGUCAUUUAUUAGAUGAAGUACCAGCAGUAUUUGUUGCAUUAAAAGCCGAUUUGGAUAAACAACAACAACGAUGUGAUGUCCAACCAGAAAAUUAUACUCGUGAUUUAUUUUUAAAUUCACCAUUACAUGUUUCAUUAGCAUGGAAUUCUUCUCUUCAUGAAAUGUUUAUUCAGUUGGUUGAUGCUGCUAAAACCCCAUCUAGUGCCACACCGGGAAUUGAAUUAGAAGUGACAGCAGAUCAAGAAGAUAUUAAACAUAUAGUUAUGACAGGAGCAGCAAUAACUGUGGUGGGAUUGGUAUCAAUCUGGGUACUAAAUAGUCUUCGACGAUAA